AUGUAUAAUAAAGCUCGCGUUCUGUGGCUCAAGGGCCGGACCGCUGUGGCAUUUUUCUGUGCCGCCCUAAUGCUAACGGCCUUCCCUGCGAGCGCCGUGCGGGUGGUCAUCGUGCCGGGUAUGGGCGCAGUUUCGGUGGAUCACGUGUUCUGGUACUCGAGCCUCAAGCAGCGCCUCAACACCGACUUCCCGGGCAUCAAUGUCGUCCUCAGGAACAUGCCCGACCCCUUCAUGGCACCGGCAUCUACCUGGCUGCCAUUCCUGGAGGACACACUGAGGGUGGGGCCAGACACGAUCGUCGUGGGCCACUCCAGCGGCGCCCUCGCCGCCAUGCGCUAUGCAGAGACCCACCGGGUGGCAGGCCUGAUCCUGGUGGCGGCGUAUUCAAAUGACUUGGGCAACUCACAUGAGGCCAGGAGCGGGUACUUUGACACACCCUGGGACUGGGCCGCCAUCCGGGCCAACGCCGGCUUCAUAAUCCAGCUUGGCAGCAGGGACGACUUAUUGGUCCCCUUUGCCGCCCAGCAGGAGGCCGCCGACGCCCUGGGAUCGACUUUUUACAGGUUUGACGACAAGGGCCACUUCCUAUCCACCUCUCAGCCGGAGCUGGUAGACAUUGUGGAGGCAAAGCUGGGGGAGCUGGCCAAAGGAAACUGA